UUCAGUCUGCUUAGGUUUUUCAGCUUCAAAACGUGAACGAUGGGUAAAGCGCAAUUGUGUUGACAAAAAAUUGUUGGCUUAUCCAGGGCUAAUUAAUUGUGUUGAAAAAAUUGAUGCCAUUACAAAGGCAGCUAACAACUGUACGUAUGCAUUUGCAUCAACAUAUGUCUUCCAAAUAUGUGUGGAAAAUAAUUUACACCAAAGAUCGGCUUUCCGUAUCAAUGAACUGUUCCCAAAAGGACCACAACGUGUUACUGCUGCAGUUACAAAUAUGCAAAACGGUGUGACAACUUUGUUGAACGGCAGAUUGGUUUAUCGUUAUAAAUGGACCAGAAAAAAUAGGCCAUUCUGUCAAGAAAAAUAUGUACGAUACAACGAUCGUAAUAACAGUGUUAUAUGGGAGGGUACAAAACGGAAUAUCUUUGGUGACUAUAGCACAAAAUAUAUUGGCUCAAUUAACAUUAUUAAAAAUUAUGUCUUCUUCUACACCUACAAAAAUGCUAUUCAGGUAAACCACAAAAAUUGUUUUUUUAUCCUUUUUCACCAUUAUUAUUUUUGA